GACAAAACCAAAAAAAAAAAACCACACGCGUUUAUUUAUUUCUUCUUCUUCUUCUUCGCCUACGGAGACACCAAAGACGAUUGGAAUCGACGCUGAAGAUCUAGUGAUUUGUUCAUGAAAUCAUGAAAAAUCAUCCACCUAAACGAGUGUUUCAACCAACGGGAUGAUGAUCGAGCUAGAUUUUGUUCCCCAAAUCGAUUCUUCUAACCAAAUCGACGAGAGGUGCUUGGACUUGCAAAAGAAGAAGAUAUCUCAAGUCUCUAAAAAGAAGUUUCAUCAGCUUUCUGAGCACAUGUUGUUUGGAUGGACUUUUGCAUUGCUAUUGGGUCCUCUGUUUCAGGCCAUAUGUGGAGUCAUGUUUUUAAAUGAUUUGUAUUGCAGUUGGAGGAUAUACACUGCAGCAUAGAGAGUUAUCUGGGAAGAUUCCAGAAUCUCUUGAGAGCUGGAAACAUGAGAUAUAUCCAAAUUAUGUUGAUUCUCACCCGAGCUUUCCUCAAACCUCUUGCUAGUGAUAGGAAUCUGAAGGAAAGCAAUAUCUGAAUUGGUUCUUAAUAUUUUCCCCUUUCGUGAUCAUGUUGAAGCUGUUCUCUUCCUGCAGUUUCUUAAAGAUGAGCUUGAUGCAAGCUCAGAAGUCAUAGAGCCUUGUAAUAGCAAGGUAUGUGUCUUCUUGUACAACACAACUCGUGUGAUUUAUACACACAAGCUUGGCGUGCUCUUUGGAAUGUAUUAUAUCAUUGGCAACCAAUUUGUUUGUUUGUGACCAUUUUCAAUAAUUUUGGACCACAUUUAAUUAGCCCCUAAAACUUCCUUUCAUUUUCUGGUUUUAUGUUGAAGCAGAAGAGCCUUUCUUUAUCUUUUUAUAAUCGACAUGAAGCUGUUUCAAGCUUUGCUUGAGUUCAAGUCUCAAGUUUCUGGAAACAACAAGAGAGAGGUCAUGGCUUCAUGGAAUCACUCCUCCACAUUUUGUAAUUGGAUUGGAGUCACAUUUAAAAUUUUAUAAUUCCUAAUAAUAAUCAUGUUUAAUCAAAUAAAAAUAUCAACAAUUUUUUUUUUUUUCAAUUUUUUUUU